UAUCCUCUUCUGACUCCAUUCAAGCCACGAUGAGCUACGGAUCUGAAGUCUUCUCGUCUUCCUCCUACCGAAGGAUCUUCGGGGAAUCUCCCCGCUAUGCGUCCUCUCCAUCUCGGACAGCCAUGAGUGGGUCCUCGCGGGGGGGUUACCGAGCAUCCUCCGCAUCCCGGAGCCACGUUUCAUCCGCGGGCGCGUACGGCCGAAAAUCCGGACGCUCCUACUCGUCUAUGCCUCUGGAGACCUUCGACCUGGCACAGAGCAGCGUCCUGAACAAUGAGUUCAAAAUUGUCCGUACUAAUGAAAAGGAGCAAAUGCAGGGUCUCAAUGACCGCUUCGCCAUGUUCAUCGAGAAAGUUCGCAACUUGGAGCAGCACAACAAAGUGCUGGAAACCGAGCUGGUGGCCCUGCGUCAGAGGCAGGCAGAACCAUCCCGCCUGGCCGAGCUGUACCAGCAGGAGAUCCGUGAACUGCGCUCCCAGUUGGACGAGCUCAAUGGGGAGAAGUCCCAGCUCCUCAUCGAGCGAGAUAGCCUUGACGAUGACCUCCAAAAGCUCAGGGGGAAAUAUGAAGAAGAGUUUCGUGCCCGUGAGGAGGCGGAGGCCACUCUCAAAGCUUUCAAGAAAGAUGUGGAGGACGCCACCAUGGUGCGACUGGACCUGGAGAAGAAGGUGGAAUCUCUCCUUGAUGAAAUCAACUUCCUGAGGAAGGUGCAUGAUGAGGAGGUGGCUGAACUCACGGAUAUGAUCCAGGCUGCUCAGGUGUCUGUGGAAAUGGAGGUCGCCAAGCCAGACCUCACCUCCGCCCUCAAAGAAAUCCGAAGUCAGUAUGAGUCGAUGGCAUCCAAGAACCUGCAGUCCGCCGAGGAGUGGUACAAGACCAAGUUCGCCGACCUCUCUGAGCAGGCCACCCGUAGCAACGAUGCCAUCCGGGCCAGCAGGGAGGAAAUGAGCGAGUUUAGGAGGCAACUGCAGUCUAAGACCAUCGAGAUUGAAAGCUUGAGAGGCACUAAUGAAUCCCUAGAAAAGCAGCUCAGGGAGAUGGAGGACAGGCACACCGUGGAGAUUGGAAACUACCAGGAUGGCAUAGCAGAGCUGGAGAAUGAGCUGAGGGCAACUAAAAGUGAGAUGGCUCGUCACUUGAGGGAGUACCAAGAUCUGCUGAAUGUCAAGAUGGCUCUCGACAUUGAGAUAGCGGCAUAUAGGAAGCUGCUGGAGGGCGAGGAGACCCGCAUAGGGACAGGGGUCGCCUAUCCUAGCCCAUCCAUAACCUCUGGCGGUGGACAGGGCUACAACUACCAGUCCCGCAUCUACACCAGCUCUGGCAAGAGCUCCAAGAGAGAAGGCAAGGAUGAGAGCCAGCCGCAGAGUAAGGCUGGGAGCAAGGCCACCCACGAGGUUUAUGAGGAGACAGUGGUCACCACUAAAAAGGUGGAAAAGCAGCAAGAUGCCAGUGAGACCUCCCCCAACCAGAAAAAUUAGGAGCCUAGUUUAAGCCUACUAGACCACUAAACCUUAUUUGUCUUGCAACUGCCCUUCUCCCCUUCUUUGAUCAUUUUCAAUACUAAAACAAACCCAGUGUCUUUACACUUGCAACACCACAGGAACCUAAAAAUGCUAGUUUGCCUUCUCGUAAACAUCUUGUAUUAAUGUGUUGGAUUUGCAGAUAGACGUACAAUUUGGGAUCUGGAGGUUUGUUUUGUUUCUUUCAGUUUCCCUUAAAUAACACACAAUCCCAGAAGGAAAGUGUCAUUCCCCAAAGGAAAAGCAUCAUAACUCCACUAGUGUCAUAACUCCACGACAACAAUCACUCUAUUCACUUUCUUUCUUUGUCAUUCUCUCACCAAGAAGAAGCAGCUCUUAAAACAGCACAUGCUCAAACUGUGAUCUUUUCAUGUACAGUACCCAACUGCUUGUUCACACUUGCAUCAUACAGAUGCACAAAGUAGAUCAGAACUGGUUAAACACCGUGACACCAAUUCAACAAAAAAAGUGUGCAACCACUGUGCGUACUUGAAGGAUGCUUUGAAUACAUCACCUGUAUAAUCAGUUUAAUUUAUAUGGAAAAUAGAUUAAAUAGUUCAUUCAGUAAGAAAAAAACAACACUGAACUACAAUAAACCAUCCAGCGUUAACAAUAUAUGGCUGGCCCAAAAUGACUAGCUUGUGAUGUUGCUUAAGCAACAACAAAAAAUAUAUAAUAAUUUUAAAAAAUUCACCUCGCACAAAUUUUCAAAUCGAUGUUGGUGCAUCAGUUGUUUAAUUGUGCAUGCAUGGGAGCAGCACAAAAGAAGGAGGACAUCCUCAAAGGAACACUGCCCUUUCUAAUCUUAUUGAAUAAUAACAAUCGUUGUGAAAUUAUAAUGAGCAAAAAGGAAAUGUAUGUUAGGCGUGCUUAAUUUGCAUGGCAUAUGUAGAUGUCAACCUGGCAUGGAAUCAGCCCCAUUGCUCCUUCAGCACAACGAGUGGUUUUGAGAGUUUGCCCAUGCCUCCCUUUUUCUACCAGUGACCAUGCACAACAUCAUGCAAAGCAUUCAUUGAUGACUGUACUGCAAAUGGUGUUUGUUAGCUUUUUAGGAUACAACUUUAUAGAUUAUAAAUCUCCAAAAAUGCAAUGAAGUUAUGGAUAACAAAGAAGACAAUUCAAGAGAAGUCCAUUUUCUAAUUUAAACAAUAAACAGACAAAGGAAAUUCUUUUGUAAAUGAUGCUUAAGCACAAAAAGCUGAUUCUGUCAGAUGCACCUUAGCGAUCCAUGUGCUCCAUUUCUCACGCUUCAUUGAUGAUUCAAGUCCAUUUUGAACCUACAAUCUAUAUCACUCAGCCUGAAGACCAAACCUUGCAACUGCAGUUAUAAUAUAGCCAACCCAAAAGCACCAGGUUAUGAUUUGUUUAAAAUGUGACCUCUCUCUUUCAAACUUCGGCCAUGACUGGAUUAAACGUCUGUUGUAGUAUGACCUCACCAGUAGAAAACUGUUAGGGUGAGCUACUUGUAGCUCACUAUUUUUUGCCUGCUUACUGCCAGCUUAAACACAGCAAUGUUAUUCUUGUGCUACUCGCCAUGGCAGGCACUGCCCUGACAAGCUGCACUCACACAAUGCGCGAUUAUAUGACAAAAUGUUCUGGAUUGGCUUGUUACAUUCGUGGCUUGGGAACAAAUAAUAUGUUCAUACUGUAGUAAGCGUGUAUUUGUAUUGCUAUGCAGUGGCCUAUCCUAAAAGGACUCCGGAAGAAACAUUUAACUCGCACAUGAAAAUGUUUGUAUGCUGCAUUUCCAUAGUACCAAAACUUUUAUAACCACACAGAAAACCAAAUAAAAUGUCAAAGGUUGUCUAAAUAGCCCACCACUGCAACACUGCCAGAAAUCACACACAUGCAGCACCAGGUCAUAGCAUGGCAUUACAAAGAGUGUGUCAAAAUGUCUGACGCAAGUAUCAAUAGUUUGCCAUAAAAUAAAUGCUGUAGGAUAUAAAAUGCCUUAAAACACCAGCAGCUUUGUUUGCUCGUGGUGCGGAUGAUUCUGUCCAGUGGGGUGUUUGCUCAUUAUUUGUAUUUAUUUAGAGCAAUACAUUAAAAGCUUAGAGAUUGAAUGUAGUUGAUAUGUUACUCGCGUUAGUAUUUCAACUUGCUAUGUAUUUCUGUGAGACACCAUAUCAAUAAAGAUUUGACAUUA